AUGGGCUUUGAUUUUUACACUCGCAGAAUGAGAAGAGCAGCGUUUCACCUUGUUUCCAUGUGGUUUAUACUGUUUUUCGUCCGUUUGAACUGUAAAACACAUAAAAAUCCACGACCCAACAUAGUGGUUAUUCUAAUUGAUGAUCUCGAUUAUGUUUUAGCCGGCCUGGAACCGAUGGCCAUCACCCGUCGUCUGGUCAGCCAACAUGGCGCCACUUUUACCAAUGCCGUAAGCUGGAAACACCCCUCCCCAAUUGCUUUUGCCUUCCACCCCCACGAACCCUCGUUUCUUACGUGCUUACGUAUGCAGUUGGAAGAGGGUCGUGCAUGCUACAGUUUUCGUGCAGUCGUCGUAAAAAAUAUGGAUCGAAAAUAUUUUAUUUGUUUCCUUUUUUUUUGUUUUGUUUUUGUUUUGUGGAACGGACGGACACAACUCCAGUUCAUCUCGACCCCAGUUUGCUGUCCGAGCCGGUCGUCCAUAUUGACAGGCAAAUACGUUCAUAACCAUCGGGUCAUCAAUAAUACGGUGACGGGGAAUUGCAGCAGUCCGCAGUGGCAGAACGGGGAAGAAUUGAAGACGAUGGCUACCUACCUGCAAUCAAACGGAUACGCGACGUUCUACGGCGGCAAAUACCUCAAUCAGGCGAGAGAGGCGCUGAGUUUCAUAGACGGCGUCGUUCCUAAUCGACAUCCGUCUUCCUUAUCGGCCGCAGCAGACAGCCGGCCAUUCUUCGCCAUGAUCGCUCCGCCCGCUUGCCACGCACCUUUCACUCCGGCGCCUCAGUUUUCACGAUCAUUCGCCGGACGUAGAGCUCCGCGCUGGCCGAGCUUCAACCGCCACCCAGGCAACGACAAACAUUGGCUCCUGCGGCAAGCGCCUCAGGGUGCCUUGCCCGAGGACAUUAUCGAUCAAGUCGACCACGUUUUCCGCCAAAGAUGGAGGACGCUCCUGUCCGUCGAUCAAAUGGUAGGCGACAUUGUGAAAUUGCUGCGUCGAAAGGGUCAACUGGAUCGCACGUGGAUCGUGGUGACGUCGGAUCACGGCUACCACAUGGGCCAAUUUGCGAUGCCCAUCGACAAGCGAUUACCUUACGAAACGGAUAUUCGCGUGCCGCUGCUGGUCGUCGCCGCCAGCCAUAACCGGCCGCCAGCCAAUAACAAGAGCCGUGACAUUGAGAUCGAUUCGUUGUCUGUCGUUUCCAUCGAUCUGGCGCCCACCGUCCUCCACAUGGCCGGCCUGCCCAUUCCCGACGAUAUGGACGGCGUGUCUCUCCUCCCGCUGGUGACGAACGCGCUCACUCCGUCAUCGCAGAACCGCAACGUUUCAAAGAAGGAGGUGUCGCAAGUUGCUGAGCCGUGGGACAGACAUUGCCGCGGCAUCGAUGAUUCAAGCGAACCGUGGAGGACAUUCUUCUUGAUCGAGUAUCACGGAGAAGCCGAUCUGCAAGACGUCGAUCUUCAAUGCCAACAGGAUGCCAAUACGACGUUGUGUCUGAACGACUUUGGCUGCAAAUGUCAAGACGCCGCCAAUAAUACGUACGUUUGCUUGCGCACCUUGCGCCCGACUGGCAAUCAGCAUGCAAAUGAAGACAGUCUCUACUGCCAGUUUGACGACCUGCAGGCCUUCGUCGAGUCCUACGACCUGCGCCUCGAUCCCUAUCAGUUGAACAACAGGGCGUAUCGUCGAUCGUGCCGUUGUACCGUUGCCAGUCGCCAUCGUCGCCAACUGAUCGUCAAUUAUUCGAAAUGCCGUGGUCACGUCAACUGUUUUGGCGUCUCUGACAACCCGAAGAGGAGACGCCACCCAUGACGACGUACAUAGUACAUAUUUACACGGUCUACUAUAUAACCAUCAAUAAACGCAACUUGGAUCGUUUUGUUUGGGUCCAUUUCCCACCAUA